GCCCCUUGUUAUACUUACAUGUCAGAACCCUGCUACUAGAGCCUGGAUGUGGCUCUGAGUUUCAGGGUCACUGACAUUGAUAAGACACCUGCGGCUCAGGACUCGGAGAAGAAACGGCUGCUGGACUUGGCGGGGAAUUUGCGCGGGGUUUUACUGAGCGGGAAGAGACUUUUCAAAUGAGGGGGAGGGUAUAUAAAGGAUGGUUGGCCGGAGCCUCCCAUUCUUGGCUUUUUUGAUGUUCAUGUUUCCUACAGUAAAAGUUUCUGGUGAUAUCACAGAGAGUCUCGUGUGUUCAUUCAGGAGCGGCUGUGGUGAGCUGACACUAAGCCAAGAAUACGGACACCAUCCCGCUGUAGCGGUGAGGUGUAACAUGCAAGUGGAGGAUGAAGAGCUCUUGGGCGCAGGAGGAGGAAGGUCGGAAAGGGCCACUCCCGAGCCGGACGCUGAGUUCCACCAGCUGGCGGCCCUGGCGUCAUCCACCGCUUAUGCCCAGCCAAAUGGGGUAACCCAGAGGCGUGGAGUGGUACGGGGAGAUAGCACCGGGGGAGAGGAAGGUUCACCUUCCCCAGGCCCACAGAGGAUGGUGUUUCUGGAGGAGAGGAUGUCGGCGAUGGAGACCACCCUGGCAGUGAUGUCGAGGGCGAUGGAGCGCCUGGCGUUUUUGGCGGAGCCAGAGAGAGGAAGGGAACUUCGGGCUGGCUCAAUGUGGGACGUGAGCGUGGGAAGCAGCCAGGGCUUUGCAGACCUCCCAGCACCGAAGGGAAGGGAAAUGCGAAAGGAGCCCGGCGCCCGGCCCAAGACCCAAACAAGCCUGACGCGGGUGGAGGAGAGUGACGACGAAGGGGAAAAACCUCCGAGAAUCCCAGCUACGCUCCCAGCUGAGACCCUGGUGCCCCUGGCGAAUGCCGGGCGUGGCACAGGGCCAAGAGAAGCAGCAGCGGGGCCCACUGGUCCGCAAGGGGGCUUGCGACGGGCGGAGAAUUGGGGAUUGCCACCACAGGGACCCCUACCAAGACGAGAGGAACUAAGGAUCGAGUUUGGGGGAGAGUCCUCUGAACUGGAUUUUUUCCUGACCACGGUGAGGGGCUAUAUGGAGGACAAUGCUCACACUUUUAGAACGGAAUCCAGCCGGAUACGGGCCAUUGGUGCAGUGUUGAAGAGGGGAGCGGCCAGCUGGUACGUUCAGCUGCACGCGCGGCGCGACCCAUGUCUGGGGUCACUCCGACGCUUUAUGGGGGCCCUGGAGACCCGUUUCCGAGAUCCACUGGAGCAGAUCCGGGCGAGGGAGAAGUUGAAGACCGUCUCCCAGGGGCAGAGGUCGGUAUCUGAGUAUGCGGAGGAGUUCCAAUGCCUCGCCGAAAAGGUGCCAGAAUGGUCUGCAGUAACAAAGAUAGAACUCUUCAAAGAGGGUCUCAGGCGGGAGAUCCUCUCCUGGGCGGUGCAUCGUGAUGAGCCUGACACACUGCGCGGAUGGAUUCAGCUGGCGGGGCGCGUCGAGACAUCGCUGGCCCAGGCGAGGAGGCACCGAGGAGGGCUACAGCAGUGGCCGCAGAUGAAAGAGGGGAGCCGGAAGGAGGGAUCAACCCCAGCCGGGAGGAGAACGGAGCCGACAGGGAACGUGAGCGCCAGCAGGAGUGGCUGCUUUGUGUGCGGCCGGUUGGGCCACAGGGCUGCCGAGUGCUGGCAGAGAAAAGGGGAAGGCGGAGGCCCGCCCAAACCAAGAGCCGUGGCAGGGAAACGCGCCGAGGAAGAACCACCGAUGAGGCACCACUCGGGGGGGUUGGACGAAGGGGAGGAGGACGCCAUGUCAGAACCCUGCUACUAGAGCCUGGAUGUGGCUCUGAGUUUCAGGGUCACUGACAUUGAUAAGACACCUGCGGCUCAGGACUCGGAGAAGAAACGGCUGCUGGACUUGGCGGGGAAUUUGCGCGGGGUUUUACUGAGCGGGAAGAGACUUUUCAAAUGAGGGGGAGGGUAUAUAAAGGAUGGUUGGCCGGAGCCUCCCAUUCUUGGCUUUUUUGAUGUUCAUGUUUCCUACAGUAAAAGUUUCUGGUGAUAUCACAGAGAGUCUCGUGUGUUCAUUCAGGAGCGGCUGUGGUGAGCUGACACUUACAUGGCUCCAAAUUUCAAGCUUUGAGAACUAAAAAGGAAAAGCAAUAACAUAAUCUGAGUUUUGAUACAUCACUCUCAAAUUAAUUUCUAAAAAAAUGUUGCAUUAGCUAGAAUAUAAUGUGUAUUGAAUCG